GCGUUUCCACCCGGACAGUAUACGUAGAUGGGAAGGAAGUGGGAACAACGUGUUUUAAUUCCUCAUGUUCUUGUGAAAAUAAAAGUUUCUUAAAAUGGAGAAUGUAACUGAAGGAAAGUGGGAAAGUUUACCCGUUAAACUUAAUGACGAUAUUUUGAAGACACUCGACGAAUUGGGAUUUACGCACAUGACGCCCGUUCAGUCUGCCUGCAUUCCACUGUUCAUGAGCAAUAAAGACGUUGCUGCCGAAGCGGUGACUGGCAGCGGGAAGACGCUGGCAUUUGUAAUCCCUAUACUAGAGAUUCUGUUGAAACGGGAGGACAAGCUGAAGAAAAUGCAGGUCGGAGCGCUGAUCGUCACUCCGACGCGUGAACUGGCCCUACAGAUCAGCGAGGUGAUGGGUCGCUUUAUCCAGAGCUUCCCUCAGUUCAGACAAAUACUUCUGAUUGGAGGCAGCAACCCUAUAGCAGAUGUGGAGAAGUUCAAGACCCUUGGGGCCAACAUAGUGAUCGCCACUCCGGGUCGGCUGGAGGACAUGUUCCGGAGGAAGGCGGACGGGCUGGACCUGGCCAGCUCUGUGAAGACCCUGGAUGUCCUGGUUCUAGAUGAGGCCGACCGGCUGCUGGACAUGGGCUUUGAAGCAAGUCUGAACGCCAUCCUGGGCUUCCUGCCCAAGCAGAGGCGCACGGGGCUGUUCUCCGCCACGCAGACGCAGGAGCUGGAGAAGCUGGUGAGGGCGGGGCUACGCAACCCCGUCCGCAUCACCGUCAAGGAGAAGGGGGCGGCGGCCAGCAGCGUGCAGAAGACCCCCGCUAGGCUCAGCAACUACUACACGAUUUGCCGUACGGAGGAGAAGUUCAACACCUUGGUGGCCUUUCUCCGGCAGCACAAGCACGAGAAGCAGCUGGUCUUUUUCAGCACGUGCGCCUGUGUGGAGUACUACGGCAUGGCUCUGAAGGCCCUGGUGAAGAACGUCACAAUCCUCUGCAUCCACGGCAAGAUGAAAGACAAGCGCAACAAAAUCUUCUCCGAGUUUCGGGAGCUGAAGAGCGGGGUUUUGGUGUGCACUGACGUCAUGGCGCGUGGCAUCGACAUCCCGGAGGUGAACUGGGUCCUGCAGUACGAUCCACCGAGCAGUGCCAGCGCUUUCGUGCAUCGGUGCGGACGCACGGCGCGCAUCGGUAACCAGGGAAGUGCCCUCGUCUUCCUGCUCCCCAUGGAGGAGUCCUACGUCAACUUCCUGUCCAUCAAUCAGAAGUGUCCCCUGCAGCGCAUGCCCCCGGUGAAAGACGUGGUGGACGUCCUGUCCAAGGUGAAGGCCCUGUCGCUGCGGGACCGCGCCGUUUUCGAGAAGGGCAUGAGGGCCUUCGUCUCCUACGUCCAGGGUUACGCCAAGCACGAGUGCAGCCUCAUCUUCCGGGUCAAAGAUUUGGAUUUCGCAGCUCUGGCCCGCGGCUUCGCCCUUCUCCGGAUGCCCAAAAUGCCCGAGUUGCGGGGCAAGACCUUCCCCGACUUCGCACAGGAGGCAGUGGACACGGACUCCAUCCGAUUCAAGGACAAGAACAGGGAGAAGCAGCGGCAGAAGGCCCUGCUGGCGCUGAGAGAGAGGGAGGCCUCGGCGCCGGGGAAGAGGAGCUUCGCUAAGAACAAGGCCUGGUCCAAACAGUCCAGCAAGAGGGACCGCAGGAAAAAGAUGGCUGCCAAGAGAAAGCUAGACGAGGGGUCGGACGUGGACGAGGAGGACAUGCGCGAGCUCCUGAGCGACACUCGGCUGCUGAAGAAGCUGAAGAAGGGCAAGAUCAGCGAGGAGGACUUUGAGACGCAGGUGACGGCGGGACGGAGGUCCCGGGACAGAGCGACGGGGCCGGCCCGAGGGGACGAUUCUGGAACGGAGGACGAGAUGCGAGGCUGCCCCCCCCCGUAGCCAGCCACCCAAACAGCGGAACCCCGUUUCCACCCUAUAGAGACCUCUUUAAAUGGCCCCCUGCCUGUGUGAGUCCCCGAAGGCAUGUUCUCCACAGCAUGUCCCCCAGGACAUGUUCUUUAAGGGCGGGUUCUCCAGGAUGUGUUCUCUAAGGGGGGGGGGGAUCUCCAGGAUGUGU